AUGAUUCCUCUCUGGAUCGACUGCGAUCCUGGCCAGGACGACAUUGUUGCCAUCACAUUUGGUGCUCAUGACCCCCAUUUCGACCUUGUUGGUGUUUCGACCACCCAUGGUAACGCGUCGAUGGAGAACGUGACUCAGAACGCUUUGAAAUUCCUAACCGUCAUCAAAAAGCCAAACGUGCCUGUGUUUCCUGGAGCAGCUAGACCGUUGAACCGCGAGCCUGAAUACUGUCCAGAGGUCCAUGGUCCUACUGGUUUGAACGGUAGCGACAGACUUCCGCAGCCGGCCCACCCUGCUAGAAAGCCCGAGGAAUUCUUCCCGUACCUCAAGGAACAGAUUGAAUCACACAAAGGAGAACUGGCAAUUGCUGCCAUUGGCCCACUGACCAACAUCGCGGUGUUCUUCACGAAAUAUCCCGAGCUAAGAUCGCAGAUCAAGUGUCUGAGUAUCAUGGGAGGCGGUCUGGCCAAGUUCAACAAGAACGGCUGUUCCGAGUUCAACGUUUUCUGCGACCCAGAUGCUGCCAAGAUCGUGUUUGAGGACCCUGUUUUGAGCGAGCGCAUAUUGCUGGCUCCUUUAGACCUGACGUCGACCAUCCGUGCCUCUGCUGAGAUCAGACAGCGGAUUCUGGGCGACCCAGCUUCGGCCUCGGAGUUUCGCAAGCUGAUGUCCGACCUUGUGCAAUACUUUUACAACCUGGUGAAGGUGCGCCAGGGUCCUGGCUACGUUGGACCCAGUGUGCACGAUCCUGUUGCAAUUGCGACGAUUCUACAGUACACAGGUGCUACCGAUUUGGGAAUCAAGUGGAAAACAGGCCAUUUGACAGUGCAAGUUGGAGGAGAGAACGACGGUAAGAUGGAGUACGUGCCUUCCGAGACCGGCUCCAGGAUCGCUGAGGACAUUGAUAGAGACCAGUUCUGGAACGUUCUGCUGGAUUCCUAUGCCAGAGUGGACCAGGAUAAAUAG